AUGACGAACAAGAUUAUCACGGUGGUCGGUAUCACCGGAAUCCAGGGCGCCUCUGUUGCCGAUGUGUUCCUCCAGGAGGCAGGUUGGCACGUCCGUGGCAUUACACGCAAUCCGGCCAAGCCAGAGAGUCAGAAAUGGGCUGCUAAAGGUGUCGAACUCGUCAAAGCGGACUUGAACGACGCUGCCUCCCUGAAAGCCGCAUUUGCGGGAUCAACUGUGGUAUUUGGAGUCACCGACUUCUGGGGAAUCGUCGGCGAUCCAGAGAUCCAAAAGCGAGCUCAAGAGUCUGGCCGCCCAGUCAAUGUGCUGGCUUACGACCUCGAAGUGCAGCAAGGUCGCAAUAUUGUUGACGCAGUCUUUGCGACUCUGGAGACCCUCGACAGAUUCGUGCUCUCGACGCUCUCUGCCACCACGAAGUGGAGCAAGGGAAAGUAUACGCACAACUAUCACUUUGAUGCCAAAUGGGAAGCUGUCGAGUACCUGAAGGCUACAUACCCGGCCCUGGAGAAAAAAACGUCGUAUUUGCAGGUAGCCUUGUAUCUUUCAAACUGGAAAGCUUCUCAGCUGGCGAGGCCCAGCAAGGCAAGUCUUACCCCCCCACCCCAACACACUGCCAUACGUCAACCCGAUAAUACAUUCAUCUGGAGUGCCCCAGGAAACCCUGACACCCCAGUCGCGCAAGUUGAUGCGCGCCACGACACUGGCCUGUUCGUUAAGGGUCUCACCCAGGUUGGUCCUGGGAAAAACCUUCUGGGUGCUUCAGGCUUUUUGAGUUGGAAUGAGUUCGCCGCUCUGUGGGGCAAAGUCCAUGGCGUGCAAUGCCGCUUCCAGCGUCUUGACAGGGCGGUUCUCGAAAACGCGAUUCCCGGAGGCGUUGGGGAGGAACUGGCCGACAUGUACGAAUACAUCGGAGACUUUGGAUAUCACGGUGGUGACCCGAGUGUUAUUUUCCCCGCCGACCUGGGAGUGGACGUUCCAUUCACCACUCUUGAGGAGUUCAUCAAGAAGGAAGAUUGGUCUGAAGUGCUUUAA